CUCCCUCCCUCUUUCUCUCAUUCGUUUCAGUCCCUCCCUAGAGAGAAACAAACUUUUUUUUUUUCAUGUUUUUUUCUCUCUCUCGAUUCACCUGGUUUUGAGAAGAAUUCAUUUCUUUUUUUGUAGUUGUUCGCGGUGAAAACUUAUGGCAAAGCCGCGUUGUGGAUUAAUAUUUUACGCCGAAGAAGAAGCCCGCGAACCGGGGUAGCGUUGAGAAAACAGACGGGUUUUCCAUAAAGAACAUACAAAAAAAAAUUAUAGAGUGAAAUAUUUAUUUGUUUUUAAAAAAAACAACAUGGCUUUUGUUUAAGUCAAGCGAGAGAGAAAGAAAGAAAGAGAGAGAGAAAGAGUUUUUUUGUCCCAACUUUCUUUUCUGUCUUCCCCAGACUGAACAAGUUUACUAUAUUUUGACUGACAGACCUUUUUUACUCGUAUCAUAAACUAAAUAAUUAAAACCUACGUAUACAGAAAGAAAACUAAAUAAAUAAAUAAAUAAAUAAAUAAAUAAAUAACGCGUUUUAUUUAACAAAACCGAGCACUCAAAUGUUUAUAUUGCUGGAUUUACGGCUUGCGCCUCUUCUAAAAACGCUGACGCCAUUCUGAAGUGAUGCGCUGGCUUCCUCUGGUUGCCAUGGUGAUCGCCUCCCUCUUAGCAACGACCCUCCCCCUUCCACAGAGCUUCCUGGAUGAAGACCACUCCCCUUGGCAACCACCACAGCAACAACAACAACAACCACCAGCACCACGGCGACCACACAACCCUAGCAACAAGACCCACACCGUCACCACAAACCAAAAACAUACCAAAAAUAGGACUAAAAACCCCAGGAAAUUAAGAAACAGACCCAAAACUACCCCCAGUUACCCCGUUUACACGAACAACCUGCUCCACGGCCAAACUAAAGACGUCUUCCCUCCAGUUUAUGGAAUCCAGCCUCCCCCCCUGGAAGGCAGAAUGGGAGAGUCCAACCUGGGCAGCGGAGGCUUGGGGAUCGAACCACUGGAGCUGGGAACGGGGGGGGAACGGCAGUUCCUAACGGAAAACCCCAGGGUCCUGCUCUCCAGCAAAAUCCCCCAGAACCCUCCGGCUUUUUUCCCCCCGGAGGAAUUUUCUUGGGGCAGCGAGACCGACGAAGACGCAGGCAGGAACGACUCCCGCCGCAGGCGUUCGGACACCAGACGAGGGGAGCUGUCCGUCUGCGACUCGAUGAGCGUUUGGGUGACGGACAAAAAAACGGCGGUGGAUCUGAGGGGGGUGUCCGUGACGGUCCUGUCCGAGGUCCGAACCCUCACCGGUCCUCUCAAGCAGUACUUCUACGAGACGCGGUGCCAGGGGGAGCCCGUCCCGCUGUCCCGGGCCGGCUGUCGGGGAGUGGACCGCAGACAGUGGGUUUCGGAGUGCAAGGUGAAGCAGUCCUUCGUUCGGGCGCUGACCCUCAACGAGAGAAACCUGACGGGCUGGAGGUGGGUCCGGAUCGACACGGCCUGCGUGUGCGUGCUGCUGGCCCGCACCGGAACCGGAACCGGAACCGCUUAGGACCCGGUUCUGAUUCAGAGAGAUUUUUUUUCUAUACCUUUUUUGUUACCCAAAAUUUUGUCCAGCUUCUACUACUAGGUUUAAAUGUUUCUUUAUGAAGAAUAUAUCGACAGAGAGAUACACAGAGAUAGACACAGUAUACUGGUGGUAGCGGUGGGAUAGUUUAGUUUGACGGAGAUCUGAUUAUUAUUAUUAUUAGUUUAUUUAGCAGACGCCUUUAUCCAAGGCGACUUACAGAGACUCGGGUGUGUGAACUAUGCAUCAGCUGCAGAGUCACUUACAACUACGUCUCACCCGAAAGACGGAGCACAAGGAGGUGAAGUGACUUGCUCAGGGUCACACAAUGAGUUAGUGGCUGAGGUGGGAUUUGAACCAGGGACCUCCCAGUUACAAGCCCUUUUCUUUAACCACUGGACCACACAGCCUCCUUCAACCACUGCCACCUGUCUGUCUAAAUAUCCCACUCUACCACCUGUAUGCUGUAUCUCUGGUCUGUAAAACCAGCUAAAAACCUCCUUCAACCAAUGACUCUGUCUAUCUAGCUGUCUGUCAGUCUAAAUAUCCCACACCCUAACACCAAUAUUCUAUCUCUGUCUGUCUGUCUAUCUGUCUAAAUAUCCCACUACUACCACCAAUAUGCUGUAGCUCUCUUCUCUAUAAGAGUUUUAUAGAAGUCUUAUUUCUGUCCUAAAAUGCUUGACAUGUCCAAAACUGUCCACCUGUCCAUCUCUCUGUCCCUCCUCAGCUCUACCCACUAGAGCCAGCCUCUCUCCGUACCUCCCAGUCCCUCUUCAGCUCUAACCACUAGAGCCAGCCUCUCUCCGUCCCUCCCAGUCCCUCCUCAGCUCUAACCACUAGAGCCAGCCUCCCUCCCUCCUUCCCAGUCCCUCCUCAGCUCUUCCCACUAGAGCCAGCCUCCCUCCCUCCCUCCCAGUCCCUCCUCAGCUCUCAUCACUACAGCCUCCCUCCCUCCCAGUCCCUCCUCAGCUCUACCCACUACAGCCUCCCUCCCUCCCAGUCCCUCCUCAGCUCUCACCACUACAGCCUCCCUCCCUCCCAGUCCCUCCUCAGCUCUCAUCACUACAGCCUCCCUCCCUCCCAGUCCCUCCUCAGCUCUCAUCACUACAGCCUCCCUCCCUCCCAGUCCCUCCUCAGCUCUCAUCACUACAGCCUCCCUCCCAGUCCCUCCUCAGCUCUCAUCACUACAGCCUCCCUCCCUCCCAGUCCCUCCUCAGCUCUCAUCACUACAGCCUCCCUCCCUCCCAGUCCCUCCUCAGCUCUCAUCACUACAGCCUCCCUCCCUCCCAGUCCCUCCUCAGCUCUCAUCACUACAGCCUCCCUCCCUCCCAGUCCCUCCUCAGCUCUCACCACUACAGCCUCCCUCCCAGUCCCUCCUCAGCUCUAACCACUAGAGCCAGCCUCCCUCCCUCCCAGUCCCUCCUCAGCUCAACCACUAGAGCCAGCCCGUCCUCCUCUAAUUUUAACACAUUUUGAAUUAUAUUAAAAGUAACCUAUGACCUCAUUUUUUAUUUUUGGCUCUCUCUUUUUUUUUUGAAAACGUCAUAUUUUGUUGGAUUAUAUAUUUGAUAUCUAUAUAACAGUAAUCUCAUGACUGUGUAACGGUACUUGAAGUCGUCUGGUUUGGUUUGCAUGUACACGUUUCUGUAUUUAAAUAUCAUGUGUAUUUAUUCUUCGGAGAAAAUAUUGUCAAUAAGUUAGUUUUUCUUUUAUUUUUUGAUGUUAAUUUGUAAUAAUUUUGAAACCCCAUUUUCACCCCCAAGAAACUAUACAUAUAUAUAUAUAUAUAUAUAUAUAUAUAUAUAUUAUAGUUGUAGUGAAAAGUUUACUUACCCUUAUGGAAACUUUUAUAAUUUCUAGACAUUUCUCAAGAACAGAGUUCUAGAAAAAAUAUUUUCUAGCACAAAGUUUUGCUUUUCUGGAUGAGGGAAAAGGUGUUACAAAAAAUCUACAAUUAUCUAUUCAGCACGUUUUUGCAAAACUCCGUAAAUGCUUGUUUGAAAGCAUUCUUACCCUAUUAUUUUUAUUAUUAUUUAUUUCUUAGCAGACGCCCUUAUCCAGGGCGACUUACAAUUGUUACAAGAUAUCACAUUAUUUUUACAUACAAUUUUACAGUUGGGUUUUUACUGGAGCAAUCUAGGUAAAGUACCUUGCUCAAGGGUACAGCAGCAGUGUCCCCCACCUGGGAUUGAACCCACGACCCUCCGGUCAAGAGUCCAGAGCCCUAACCACUACUCCACACUGCUGCCCUAUAACAACCCUAACAAGGCGAAUGAUAUUAAUAGCUAGUUGAGGCUCCUUUAGCAACCAACCUCUCUCAAUCGAUUAGGAUAUUUCUCAGUGAGAUUUUAACAGAUUCUUUAGUGAAAUUGCUUCAGUUCAUUCAAAUUCCCAGGACUUCCCCUGUGCCCAGCCGCCUUCAACUUGAAUCUAAAUCAAGGGAAGUAAUAUUAAAACUCUACAAUGCAUUAGUAAGACCUCACCUAGAAUAUUGUGUUCAGUUCUGGUCACCUCGUUACAAAAAGGAUAUCGCUGCUCUAGAAAGAGUGCAAAGAAGAGCAACCAGAAUUAUCCCGGGUUUAAAAGGCAUGUCGUAUGCAGACAGGCUGAAAGAAUUGAAUCUGUUCAGUCUUGAACAAAGAAGAGAUCUGAUUCAAGCAUUCAAAAUCCUAAAAGGUAUAGACAAUGUCGACCCAGGGGACUUUAUCAACCUGAAAAACAAGGACCAGGGGUCACAAAUGGAGAUUAGAUAAAGGGGCAUUCAGAACAGAAAAUAGGAGGCACUUUUUUUACACAGAGAAUUGUGAGGGUCUGGAACCAACUCCCCAGUAAUGUUGUUGAAGCUGACACCCUGGGAUCCUUCAAGAAGCUGCUUGAUGAGAUUCUGGGAUCAAUAAGCUACUAACAACCAAACGAGCAAGAUGGGCUGAAUGGGGGCUCCUCUCGUUUGGAAACUUUCUUAUGUUCUUAACUCUUACCAAAGCUUCUCAAUCGGAUUUAGAUCAGGACUUUGACCGGGCCCUUCCAGAACCUUGAUGCCAUUCAUCUUGAUCUAUUCUGAAGUAGAUUUUGAUGUGUGUUUUGGGUCGUUGUGUUGGAACGUCCAGUUUUAAAACCCGGUUUUGUAGCGGAGGAUUUCGAAUGAUUGGCCGAUAUCUUUUGCUAUGUUCUGGAAUCCGUUGUACCGCGUGUUGGAACCAAAUCUUCCUGAACCAUUAGAGGAAAAAAACAGCCUUCUAAAAAGAUAGACCUACUUGAGAGUAGGUAUGGCAUUCUUUUCCUCAUCGGACCUUAUCACCGUGCCACAAAACCAGACCAGAACUCCUCUCCGUCAUUCAAAUUCCGUUUUGCAAACUUUAACCCUUAGCGAUCCAUUUAUUCAGCGCGUCUCAGGCACGUCCGGUCCAAAUUAUUUUCACACACGCGGUUUAUUUUAGACGCUCUGUUUUAAAAGUAUUUUCUUUCACAGUUAAACAGGUUUACAAGGCUCUGCAUGUCAACAGGACUCUCGGUAUCUCCAGCCCCACCCCUCGUUCGCUCAUCCAGAAAAGCAGAACUUGGUGCUAGAAAAGAUUUUUUCUAGAAUUUUGUUUUUCGAGAAAGGUCUAGAAAUUAUAAAUUUCCAUGGGGGUUUGUAAACUUAUCAUACUGUAGUGAAAAUAUCAGAAUUCAAUAUUGAGACUGUCCUCUGUUUUCACUGUUAAGGUCCUGUAUUUGGUACUGGGAAUUCUCAAUGUGGAAGUUUCCCAGUUUAAUCUGGUUGGUAAUUGAGUUAUUGUGACAGAUAAUAAUAAACUCCGAUCCGGUUCAUGUUUUUAAUAUUUUAUAAAGUGCCUUUUUUGUGUUUUGCAACUUGUAAAGUGUGUGUUGUUUUUGGUUUUUUUUAACAUGUUUUCAACACAGGAUACUUUUUUUUUUUUUCCUUACAAAAAUGUAUAUAAAGUUUUUUCCUCCUUUUUUAAACAGUAAUAGAAAAUAAAACAUAUUUUUUCUGUAAAAAAAAAAAA